AUGAUUGUGCGAGUCCGCGACCUGCUGCUUUUCGGCUCCGUGGCCCAUCGGGUUGUCGAUCAGUCUAAUUGCUCCUCUCUGUCCUCGACCUCGGUCGACUUGGCAUGGUAUCCUCCAAAUGCCACUAAUAUUAACAACUUGGCCUUCGUCGUUAAUGGCACCGGUGUCAAUGGAUUCAUCUUCAACUCGUCCAUAACCCCGGCAUCGACCGCGUAUAGCACCUACAACUGGUGCAAUAUGCCGCAUACGCGACGACAAGAAUACCCUCGCGCUGCCCAGGGAUACACCCUGAAAUAUGUCGAGAUUAUCCAUCGCCACCACAAGCGCACUCCUUACGCGUCCAAUACCUUCCCCCACGAAUCCUACGCCUGGGAUUGCGACGACGAGGCUUUGUUCUUCUACGGUGCCCCUCGACCAGAUGGCUCUUCAGCUCAAGUCCAUUGGCAAGUCUACACUUCUCCGUCCAACCCUCUGGCUCCAGAGGGUUUCAAUGGAACAUGCCAAUUUCCGCAAAUCUCUGGCUCAGGCCUCAACGACUCCCAGCAACAUGGCCGCGAUCUCUUCGGCGUUUAUCACGACUUGCUCGGCUUUCUGCCUUCAUCGUACAACUCUUCGAUUGUCAAGUACCGCGUCACAAACAAUGUUAUCACGUCUCAGGUCGCAGGUCAAGUCGUGGAGGGCCAGUACGCUGGGCGCCGUAACGGUCCGGUAUCUGUGCUCAUCCAGCCCGACAGUAUCGACAGCCUUGAGCCGGCCUAUACGUGUUCCGCGGCUAAUGAUCUCUACUCCUCCUACGGUGUGGGCAGCGACGCUGCUAACUGGACCAUGCACCUCAACGACUCUGUAUCCCUGUUCGCGAAACUUGAUUCUGUGAGCGGCGUGAACAGCAGCGACCCAGACUGGCACAACUGGUUCGACCACUACUUCGACAACCUCUCGGCUCGCUUGUGCCACCAGAAACCCCUGCCGUGUCAGAUUGGCAACUCGUCGAACUGCAUUACCGGGACGGACGCCGAUGCAGUAUUCCGGAGAGGCCUAUACGAGUACUCAUUCAUCUACCGCGAUAGUCCCGCCUCACUACCGGCGUCCACCGCAAGCUAUGGCAUCUACAUGGCUGAGCUAGCACAGAAUCUUCGCAACGCAAUCGACGGCACGUCCCCUGUCAUCUACACCCACAACGUCGCUCACGACGGAUCUCUGUCCCGCCUGCUCAGCAUCUUACAAGUCGACGUCAUGGUCUGGCCCGGCAUGGGUUCCGAAGUCGUUUUUGAACUCUACUCCAAGCAAGCAUGUUACUAUCUGCGCGUGCUCUGGGGUGGGCAGGUGCUGAGGAGCUCGAAUCCCAGUCUCGGCUUGAUGAACUUGAUUCCGGUCCAAACUUUCCUGUCGUACAUAGAUGGCUUGGUCGGAGUAGGCGCGGGUACGGUGCCUGGUCUGUGCGGAGAUUCGUGA